CACAACGGACCCGCCCAUACAGUGCCGAGGCUGAGCACAGCCCUCCACAGCACAAGUAACGGAGCUCUCUGAGAGGAAUAUGUCUCCACAGUGAGGGAAAGUCUGAGCACACAGAAGAUUUCCAGCUGCUCUGUUGAGAGAAGCCCAGAUCGUGUUGUUGCCUGGUAAAGUCCUCGCCCUCCCCCGUGUCAGUCUGAACAGGGAACCCAUCCUGAGCCAGACAGCAUCCUCAUGUUCCUGCCGGCAGCGCGGAGGGCACGGCAAGCACACGUGGCGUGCUGGCUGGAGUCACCUGCAGUAGGACAGGGAUGUCGCUGCUGAGGAGCCUGCUCUGCGGCGUGGGGGCCUUCAUCCUCGUGUUAUGCGUCUGCAUCCUGUGUUUAAAUCUUCAAUGGAUUCUGACCUGGUUCAUCGGGCUUCCCGGGAUUCUCCAUGUCACCAAACCGAGGACAAACAGCAGCUCACAACACCCCAAUGAGCCCCUGGAAAGAGGAAUCUCCACCAACCAGAGGCCUCUGAGCCCCCUGACCUCCACCCCAAGCCCCAUUAGAGUCCCACACACUCUGACACCCACCAAACGGCAAAAAACAACACAAAAAAAAAGUGAGUCCAGCACCAAAUCCCCCACGAUACGGCCCAACCGGGCAACUGGACCCACAGAGCCGCCCUUCAUCGGGGACUCUUACAUGAGGGAAGACGUCCCCCAGCGAACGGACUGCUCAGACAGUAUCCGAGGUCAGAUCAAGAAAACUGUAUUUGGAAGCAGAUUUCUUGGGCAUCUUCCAGUCCUGCAGUGGGCCAAACAUGUAACUGAGGAACAGUACGAGCGUCUGAGCCAGUAUCCAGGGGCACACGGCUGGGGAGGCAUCAAAUACAAGACUCUGGUGGAAACACUUUCCGUCCUGAACUCCUCUGCAAACCAGCAGAUGUUGGACAACUGGGAGACUCAUGGGAAUGAGUGUAGCCGCUGUGCUGUAGUGGGGAAUGGAGGGAUACUGAACAACUCUCAGAAAGGGCAGGAGAUCGAUGGUCAUCAUUAUGUCUUCAGGACCAAUGGGGUGAUCAUUAAGGGAUUUGAGCAGGACGUGGGGUCCCGCACCACACACUACACAUUUUCCACAAACACACUGAUGAACUCCAUAAGGAAAUAUGCGGUGAAUGGGUACAAAGGACCUCCUGUGUCCAAGGAAAUGCGGUAUGUUUUCCUGCCUGAUCAUGACCGGGAUUACCUGCUGGUGAAGGCAGCGGCGACACACACCCCAGUGGAUCGGGGGCCUGAGAAGGACAAAGAUCCAUCAAAGUACUUUGGGGAAGAUGUGUCAGCUGAAAAGUUAAAGAUGUACCACCCCGAUUUCAUUCGUUACCUCAGAAACAGAUUCCUUCGAUCUAACGCUCUGAAAACCAAAUAUAAGGACAUCUACCGUCCAUCAACUGGAGCUGUGAUGCUGUUGGCUGCUCUGCAUGUUUGUGAUCAGGUGAGUGCAUAUGGCUUUAUAACUCCAGACUACAGGAACUACUCUGACCACUACUAUGACAGGAGCUACCACCCAGUGGGCUUCUACAUCAACCAUGACCUGCGGCUGGAGAUGAAUCUGUGGCAGCAGCUGCACCAAGCAGGCCUCAUACGCCUCUACAUGCGCCAAAAAAAGAGUACAGACUAGAAAAUUACAUCAACCUGCUGGCACACAAGUCGCCAGUGUGGUCAUGAGGAAACAGAAUAUACAGAAAGUCAGGGCCCGCCUGUCUUGUCUCAAAAUGAAUCUGAACUGAGCAAAAAGGGUUUUCCUUUUGUGAAUGAAAGGAAGAUUCGUUUUUGUUUUUAUGACAGCUGCUGUGAUCAUGAGUAUAUCAUUCAUGACUAUAUUUAUUUACCCUGCAAAUCUAGUUUCUGGUGAUUUGCAGAUCAGUAAAUAUACAGAAGUAAUUGUGCAUUCACUUGGAAAUACAAGAUCAUUUUACAAAUGAAACUUCUGGUUUUAUGCAUUUACUAGAAACUUCCAAGCAGCUUCUGCUGCUGGACUAUCAAGACCCCCAUUUUUAACAACUGUACUUUGUAAAAGUAUGAAUUACUAAGAGUAGGAGGGGUAAAUAGUUCAUGCUAUGUGCUGUGGGAAAAUGUUGACCCUACACAGUGCCAGAAAGUAGAUAUGAAAAUGAGACGCCUUAAGUUGCAACCUCAGGUUCUGCAAAAACUCAGUUUGUGGUCGUUUCUUACAGUUGAGUUUUAGGUCUAGAGUAAAAGCAUAAAGAUUCCAGUAGAGCUAAAUGAUCUUAUCCCGUAAGAUACUGAUGCUUUAUAUAUAUUUUUUUCUUCCUUCAGGUGAGGGCAUGGUUAAGAGUUUUUUUUUUUUGUUGUUUGUUUAAUUUUUGUAAAAUUCUUUUAAUUCAGAAAAACAGAACUUUAUUUUUCCCAAGUGAAUACAGAACACUUUUGUAUAAAUUGGUUAAAAUUAUAUUUGCAUUGUGUCUCAAAAGGUUUGUCUGGCCUUUUUAGUCUACACUGAACUUUAUAUUCUUUUAUAAAGGGUAUUACAGUGUGAAUUUUGCUAAAUGACACCCCUUUGAUGUUUCGUGUAGCUUUACUAAAUUGUGGCCUUAAAAUCUGUUAGAUGCAUUAGCACAACAUUUUGUACAAAGU